UACCAACAUUAGCUUUCAUAGCUGUCUGUACAUUUAGCCAGGUUCAGUUUGUGAAAUGUCUACUGUCGAAGAAAUUUCCAACUCUGUGAUGGAGAAUCUGGUGGAGGAGAGAGUUGAAGAGGAGAAUGUUGCAGAGGAGGCGGAGAUGCACUAUGAGGAGCCAAUUCCAGGACGAUAUGUGUUCUACAAGGACAGAAAAGAGUGGGCCGAUCUAGAACCCGUUCCUCAAGAUGAUGGGCCUAACCCUGUUGUGAAGAUCGCUUAUUCAGAGAAAUUUGCAGACGUAUUUGACAUGUUUCGAGCACUUUUGAAGAACGAUGAGAAGAGUGAGCGAGCGUUUUCACUGACCUCUGAAGCCAUCGAUCUCAACGCUGCCAAUUAUACAGUAUGGCACUACAGGAGAGUUUUACUGCAGGCUCUAGAUAAAGACCUGAAAGAAGAGAUGAAAUACAUCACAGCCAUUAUCGAAGAUCAGCCCAAGAACUACCAAGUCUGGCAUCACAGGCGGAUGGUGGUGGAGUGGCUGAACGACCCAUCAGAGGAGCUUCAGUUUGUAGCAGAAAUCCUCAGUCAAGAUGCCAAGAACUACCAUGCUUGGCAGCACAGACAGUGGGUCAUACAGGAGUAUAAAUUGUGGGAUGGAGAGCUGGAGUAUGUAGAGGAACUGUUAGAGGAUGACGUGAGAAAUAACUCUGCAUGGAAUCAGAGACAUUUUGUCAUCAGUCACACCAGUGGAUACUCCGAUCCUGCCAUUCUAGACAGAGAAGUGCAGUAUACUCUAAAACAAAUCAAGAAAGCACCCCACAAUGAGAGUGCUUGGAACUAUUUAAAAGGGAUUCUGCAGGAUGGGGGGCUUUCCUCGUACCCUGGACUGCUGGAACAAGUGAUGGAGCUUCAAGACUCAUGCAGUUCUCCUUAUCUCACCGCCUUCCUGGUCGACCUCUUUGAAGAUGCUCUGGAGACCAAUAACUCCAGCUUUAACCAGCAAGACACACUUAACAAGGCUGUAGAGCUUUGUAGAUUACUAGCUGAGGAGAAGGACAACAUAAGAAGGGAAUACUGGAAUUACGUGUCCCGCUCACUGCUGAACACAUAUGGCUCUGGUGACCCCACCACCUCCUCUUCUGACCCGCCCCAUUCCUCUUCCGAGUAGCGUGAUGAGAAUCCCAGUGACCCCUGAGGAGAGCCACACACCUUGAUACAUGCUUGGAAGGAGCAAAAAGAAUGACAGAGCUGACAGAACUUUUUAUCUGUGUAUGAUUCCAUGCAGCUAAGCUUGACUGUAUUAGAAAAAGCUUUGUUGUAGUACUUGUACAACAAAGAACAGUGUAAAUUAUCUAUUUGCUUAAACACUCCUAGUGAACUGUAUGCUUCAGUUAUGGAUAGUGAAAUGGAAUUGUACAGUUGGAGUUUUAUGGGAAAUGCUUUGACGUAUCAUGUUUAUUUGGGUCUCACAAAAACAUGUCCAGGUCAUGUUUCAAUUGAGAAAACAAAAGAUAUUUUUUUAUUAUAAUAUUCAUUAUAUAAAGUAAAUUGAGCUGAUCUUUAGGAUAAAGAAAAAGCACAUAUUAAAGGCCAUUAUUUUGGUAAUUCUCAUACUCCGUUAUUAUUAUUAUAGGAUUCUUGUUACUAUUAUACAAGCAUUUUGACUGUAUAUAUUACAUAUACAUUUAAUACAGUGAAUGAAAUGGCCGUAAGGGGUUUAGUGUCCAUGGAGAUGCCUCACAUGGUUACAACUCUGGACCACGAAGAAAUGGAGAUGGCAAACAAGCACACUUGUGCUGUGUUUCAUUCCAAUGAAAUCACCAUGAUAUAUAAAUAUAAGUAAAAAUUAUUUUACAUUACAAUAUAACGAGAAUUUUUGUGGAAAAUGCUUAAUUGUCAUGACAUUGCCAAUGUCACAAGGGAAAACAUCUUAGUUGUCCAAAAAGUAGGCUUUAUUUUCAUUUCUUAAUGGGCCUAAAAUAUUAUUCAAUUUAUUGAUACUUAUUUCUUAAUGUACAUUUAUGGGUGAAAUGUGACCUGAACAUGGUCAUGAUAAGUUUUGUGAGAGUCAACUAUUUUGGCUUCUUUAAGUCGGCAGAUAAAGUUUUGUGUCAUCUGUCAAAGCAAUUUUAUUCAUAACUACCCUGUGUCAGGUGUAGACAGAAACUACUCUUGCCAAAGCAAAUGCUGGUCUAUAUAACUAACUCUUCUCAUAUUUUGACUGUAAAUCCAAUUUCUUUUUUUUUUUUUUUUUUAGAAAAUAAAAAAUAUGAUAAA